AUGUCGUCGCGGCGCACCAAAGAGGACGGGGCCGGGACGGGGGCGGCCGCUGAGGGCUCCCGGCCCGGGCCCGGCGGCGGGCAGGCGCUCCCGGCCCGGCAGCCGGAGGAGACGGCCGAGCGGCUGCAGCGCGAGAACCGCAGGCUCCGGGAGCAGGCCGCCGCGAUCUGCGGCCUCUACCACGAGGCCGGGCAGCAGCUGAGCUUCCUGCGGGGCCAGCUGGCCUCCCGAGACGCCCUGGUGGCGCGCCUGCGGACCAGCCUGGCCGCUUACGAGAGCUCCGGGGCGCCUGCGGGGCCCGGGCCCGCGCCGUCCCUGGUGGACGGGCUGGUGGAGCAGGUGGGCCGCCUCAAGGAGCAGCUCCACGAGCAGGAGAGCAGCGCGCGCGCCCGGGAGGACGGCUUUGCCCAGGAAGUGCAGAAGCUGAGCCAGCAGCUGGAGGAGAAAGAGAGAGAGCUGCAGCGGCUGCUCAGCGAGCCCCAGCACGAGCGGGAGCGGGAGAUCCUGCUGCUGCAGAGGAGUUUGAUGGAGAAGGAGAAGGAGAAGGCCACCAGCGAGGUGCUCUGCCGCUCCCUCACCGACGAGACCUAUCAGCUCCGCAGGACUCUGGCUGCCACGGCCGAGAUGUGUCAGCACCUCGUCAAAUGUCUGGAUGAGAAGCAAAAAUCUGCGGGACCGAGGGAGGAGAAACCCUCCUUGGAAAGAUCUAACAAGCUACAAUUUCCUGAAGGUGAUGUCUCAGUUCAUGCCAUCAUUUGCAAAUUACAGGAAGAAAAUAGGCUUCUGAAAAAAAAGGUGGUUCAUGUAGAAGAUCUGAAUGCCAAAUGGCAGAAGUAUGAUGCUAGCAGGGAUGAGUAUGUGAAGGGCCUCCAUCUGCAGCUGAAGGAACUGAAAGUCCUCCCUGAGCAAGGUUUGCCCAUGAGCCCAGAGCUUAUGCAGAAGGAGAUUUUCCGGCUAAACAAGUUGUUGGAAGCAAAAAUGGCGGACUGCUUGAAAGUAAAACUGGAGUUGGAAGACAUUAAGAAGGCAAAAGAUGGAGACAGUGAGCGGAUACAGAUGUUGGAGCAGCAGGUGCUCGUUUACAAGGAUGAUUUUACAUCAGAAAGAGCUGAUCGGGAGCGGGCACAAAGCAAGAUACAAGAACUUAAGGAAAAAGUUGCAACCCUGCAGCACCAGAUAGCCAGGAGACAGGAGUCAAGAGACCCGACGGGCCAGUGUCGGAUUCACUCGGGUCACAAGACCCACACACAGCGCCUAGAGACAGACGUCGCAGAGGCCUUCCUCAGGGCUGAGCCACUGAGCACGAGGAGACCUGCCCCGCAGCCCGAACAGCCUGAAAUCCAAGCGGACAGGGGACUCUCCGGCCCGGACCCGAGAGGUCAAGGUCAAGGGGACCUUCACUGUCCUCACUGCAUGAGGUUCUUUCACGAUGAGGAGGGCGAGGAAUUUCUCAGACACGUGUCUGAGUGCUGUCAGUGACCGAGUCACCUGAAGAAGCGGGUCAGAGGCCUGGCCAGCAGAGUCAGCUGCAGAAACCCCCCAGUCAUUCGGCCGGGCACUCCGGUCCCCCGAAAGUGGACGGGAAAGCCAUGGGAGCUGCUCUGCCAUGGGCCUGCCAGGGAUCCAGGAACAGAUCUCAUCUGAGCCCUGAGACAUUCCUUAAAGGCCACUGCCUGCCUAGCCCUCUGGAGUGGAGAAGGGGGAUCAGCUCCCGGAUGUCUCCGGAAAGGCGGGAUGGCAGCGUACCAGGUGACCAUGCGCCUGGUAGCCGACUGGGUAGAGUUCCAUCCCUUCAGGGGUGAGUUGGGAAGUGUAAAUACAAAAUUAUCUUUCUGUUGAAGAAAGUGCCAAUUUCUAAUAGUUAGAAUUCUGACUGAGUCAUUUACACCUGGCUUCAGUUCUGCUCAAGAUGGUCCGAACUGUUAUUCAACUUGGGCAGUUGAGGUGUAGAACACGAAUGGGAUGGGACGGUUUGAGUCAAACUUGCCCAUCUUUGGGAGGGACAGGCAUUAGUGCUCUUCCCAAUGGCCUCAGAGCAGAGCACGUGGGGCCUGGUCUGUCAGACAGAGGACAAAACCUGUGUGGAUGCCUUCGCAUGCUGCAAGAAGUCUGGAAGGCAUUCGGGUUACAGAGAAGAGCCAGAUUUGGCUCAAGGUGUGGGGUCUGAGCAUCACUGCCCUAGCUUACGUGAAGGGUGGGGAACAGGCCUCUGGAAGCAGCACAGUCCCUUUCUGUUUUUGCACUGAUGUACCUUGUAUUGGCAAGUUGCAAUUAUUUUCUUAGGUAUUCAGAAAUUUAUAUAAAGAAUUAAAAACACAUUUUAUAUUCACUUAUUUUUAUAAUAAAAUUUAUUGAUGUGACUAUUGA